GUUGUGUAAGAUCGCGGGAUGGAUACCGUGUUAAGGAUAUACAGCGCGAAAGGUUCAGCUUACUUUCGGCUCUUCAUGCAUAUGUACAGUCCUAUAAGGCUUGAAUGUCUUCACCAUAGCCCAAUCUGUUCCAUUACUGUUACUGCAACUCGCGUCCAAGAUGCAUCGGAUUUUCCUUCUCCCAGAACUCCUGAUCCAUAUUGUUACUCCUCUUCCCCCUUCUGAACUCCCCAUAUACGCCUCUGUCUCCAAGCACUGGAGAGAAACACUUCGCCUUAAUCUUCCUCCGCGCCUUCUUCCUCUUCGCGAGACUUCAUCGCCAAUCCAGUCUUCUACUACAAAGCCCCAGGUCCUUGACAAACUACCACAACCUGUCUCCUCUCUCGCCCAGGAUAUCCUCACUCGAACAACACAAUGGGUGAAUUCCGGCUUGCCCUUGGAUAUCUCGGAUGACUACUAUUUUUGGCACGAAGGUGCUUAUGGGAAUCUUCUUUCCACGCUUGUCCCAUUCUUGCAUCCUUGGCUGGGGAAGCAUGUGUAUGAACUGAUAGGUGGACUGGACGAAAUGGCUAGGGGGGAGAUGGGGAUCUGUUUUAGAACCAAGAUGAGUGUAGGGGUGUUUGAUGAGCUGUUCGCCAGAUAUGAGAACGAGUCAGAAGCGAGCAGGGUUGCUAUGAAUGCACACUUAACUAAACCUGUGACGCGGAAUGUAGAAAUUUACUGUGUGGAGGGUGCGGAGUGGGAUCAAGAGUAUCGCAAUGUACUACACAGACACGGAAGAAGAGACUGGCAGCAGCAAUGUGUAAGGAUGGAGCGACAAAAAGGUGUUAGGAUGGCGGAUCUUGUUGAAGAAUUGAGGGGUGUCUUGGAAACUAGUAAAAUUGGAGCGGAAACUGGAGAGGCAAUACAGGGAGAAGUGAUGCUGGAGUGGAGAUUUGAGGAAGCCGCAAGAAGAAUGACAUGCUUUGAGUGGUUCGACGCCACGGGGUAGGGAAGAAGGCACUCGGGUGAAAGCGAAAGGAUUUGAGCAGACGAUAGUCGAUCUAGAAUGAUAUCAAUAUAGGUUUGGGUAUACCAUGAAG